CUUUCAUGCCCUGAGCAAACAACAAAAAUGUUGUUCUUUUGAACUUAAUAUUUAUAAUAAUGUUAAGAAAUUAUUCUUGAGCACCAUAUUGGCAUUAGAUUGAUUUCUGAAGGAACGGAUUAUGUGACACUGAAUACAUAAGUACAAUAGAGUAGUUGCUUUCUCUGUUUGAUUAGAUUUGUUUAUUGUGAAAGAACAUAGCUUGGCUUCUUUCAGUGGUUUUGUCAAUAGGAGUCCUCUGAGUCACUGAAACCACACCCUUGUCCUCAAUAUUUGAAUCCUGCAUUGCCAGUGCUUUAAUCAUACUUCCACAGAAACAAAACUCAGUCAAGUACUGCCAGUGCCAGUGCCAGCACAUCCACAAUCAUGGAGGACACAGCUCCAGCUCUUCAUUCAAGUGGAUCCACAGAUGUGGAGUGUAAUGCGUGCGUCGGAAGGAAGCGCAAAGCUGAUCAGACCUGUCUGGAGUGUGUGGAAUCAUACUGUGAUAUUCAUCUUGAUUUGCAUAACACUUUGCACGGAAAGAGGCACAGACUGGUGGAGCCGAAAGCAACGUUGCAGGAGAACAUCUGCCCUGAUCAUGGCAGGAUGCUGGAGGUGUACUGCCAAACAGACCAACGCUGCAUCUGUCACCUGUGCAUUACUGAUAAACACAGAGGUCAUAAUGUCAUCGCAAUGGAAGUGGAGGUGGCCAAUAAACAGGUUAAGUUGGGGGAGUUGCUGAAGCACAACAUUGACAUAAUUGAAGCAAAGGAGAAAGAUGUGCAAGAGCUGAGACAAGCUGUUGAAAUGUUCAGGGCCUCAGCAAAUAAGGCACUGGAGAAGAACGAGAGAGAGUUUACUGAGCUGAUCCAGUCUUUGAAGGACAAUCAAACCAAAGUGACAGAGCUGAUCCAAGGUCAGACACAGACUGCAGUGAAGCAAGCGGAGGGAUUCAUAAAGACUCUACUCCAGGAGAUCGGUCAUAUGAAGACCUCAGAUGCUGAUCUACAACACCUGCAGCUGCUCUCUCAUACAGACAAUAAAGUUCGAUUUCUUGAGAGCGCUGUGUCUCUGCCCACACUGACCGAGUAUAAAAAAUUAUUCGUCUUCCAUGUGCAUCCAUACAACUCUUUUGAGCGUGACUCCAUGGCAGUUAAUGAACUGACAGAAAAGCUAAACAUGACCAGCAAGUUGAGUUUACUCACAAUUUCCAGAAAAGUGAAAAACACUAGAAUCGUAACAUUCCCACCACCAAAGACUCGAGAGGAGUUUCUACAGUAUGCAUCAAAGCUCACUUUUAAUACCAACACAGCACAUGAAAGUCUCAUCUUAAAAAAAGAUGACAGAGAGGUGAUGGCCUCACACCUGAUCCAGGACUAUCCUGAACAGACUCAGAGGUUUAACUCCAGGGCACAGAUCCUGUGCAAUGAACGUCUCAGAGGGUCCCCUAAAUAUUGGGAGGUGGAGUUUGGCGGGGGCACUUGGGUCUGUAUUGCUGUGUCCUACCAAGGGAUCCGUAGGAAAGGCAAGCAGCGUACUCUGUUUGGGAGAAACUCGCACUCAUGGGGAAUACGUUGUAACUGGUCCUGGAUUGAAUUUUGGCAGGACAAUAAGAAAACUGUUUCGAAGAUUAAAUCUUGUGGCUCCAGAAUAGGAGUGUAUUUGGACUACAGGGCUGGAAUCUUGGCAUUUUACGAUGUCUCCGACAACAUGAGUCUCAUUUAUAAGCACCAAACUGUUUUUAGAGAGCCUGUUUAUCCUGGGUUCGGACUGGCUGGCAAAGGGUCCUAUGUGAGACUUUGCGAUCCAGUGAAAAAUGAGACAAAAAUGCCCCUUUCUUCUCCAUUUAAGUUUGGCAGUUUGUAAGUUUUAGUGUUUACACAUGCAGCUCUCAUGAAAUGUAUAUUAUUCUCAAACAUUGAUGAAGAAAUGAUUUGUAAUAGCCUAAUUCUUCAGGAUUCAGAGGAAGAAUGCCCUUUUUGCAUGUGGACACUUGGUGGCAGCACUAGAUAAAUUUUAAAUUCAAUCUUUUUUUAUCAACAUCUGGAAUAGGGACAACACAAGUUUAGUCAAGAAUGACUGAGGAUAUCAAAGCAGUGUGUUUUGAGUGCAAAAAAGUUUUGUUUUGUAUGAAUCAUGGCAUGAUUA